CGUAACGCAACUUGUCAAAACUGUCAGGUAAAGUAAAGUAAAAAGAGUUACAUGUUACAUUUUCAACUCAACCUUCACCAAAAGAAGAAAACAGAUAAUUUUGAAUUUUGUAUUCAAUAGUAAUCAAAGAAGUCCGAAUUAAUUCGUACUAUUCGUAGUAAAAUGUAAAGUUUAACUUUGUGAACUAUGCCUCUAAAUAACAUAACAGGUAUAGACAUUGCAAAACCAUGUAUUUCAUUGAAUGCGGAUACAGGGGACCCCAAUGAUUUUACUCUAUAUGCUACUAGUGACCUUACAGACAUAGCUAAACCUACUGGAACUGGACAAGAACAUGUUUUCAACACAAGUGAUAGAGAUAAACCAUUACCCUUGGAUGUUCCAAAGAAUGCUGGAAGAACAUCAAACAGUGAGAUCAGACAUUCUCAGUCCUCAAAGUAUACUAUACCUAAAAUAUCUGAAAGAAACAUGCCAAGUAGUCAGGGACAGUUUUACCAGCAUCCAAAUGUAAUGCUUCAAAAUCCUGACCUUUUGUUGCACCAGGGUCUACAAAUCCAAAAUGAUGCUCUCUUGCCUCCUAUAAGUUUGUGGGAUGCCAACAUGAUGGGUCUUGAAUUCCCCCUGCUUGGUGUGAAUGAUGUUUUGAUGAAUCCCCACUUAUUACCACCAAUGCCAGUACCAGCACCAGAACCAGUUUUUGCAGGGAAUGACCAUCUGGAUCAUGGGAAUUAUCCUACACCAAUCACACCUAUCUGUGCACCAAUUGACUGCACCUCUUGUGUGGUACACCCCCCUAGUAAAGGAAGCUCCCUUCCUCUGGUACAAAAGAAGCCUCUGGGAUGCAGGACCAUCUUCGUAGGCGGAAUCCCGAAGAACAUGACCAGGAUCAUCAUCAGAGACAUUUUCCAGAGAUUCGGCAACAUCACAGAUAUAAGAAUGAACUCCAAAUUCUGUCAUGUCAGAUUCGAAAAGGGGUAUUCGGUGGACGCUGCAGUGGGAUUUUCCGGGUGCCGGGUCACCAUCGGACACAGUCGGCAUAUCGACGAUACUGGCCUUAUCUUCGUGGACUAUUCCAAGGCCAAAGACGAUUUGAGAGAAUGGGAAAUGGCUCAACAAAAAAAAGUAUCUGAAGCUGCACCUGUCAGAAGAAAAGACAAAUCACCCAGCCCAGCUUUACCACCGGUUAUAUACUGUAAUGACCUGGAAUUGACCAAUGCUAACAGAAACAUAAAACAGAAUGACACAUUUCUCGACGUUAUACCGAUUGUGAAGACUUGGUUUGAUAAGGGCGAAUGCAAUAGAGGAAACAUAGACAGAAUAUAUUCCAUCCUUCAGAAUGCCAAUGGACAUGUUAGAAGAUUGAAUGAGGAAAAGAUUAAAUUAAUCAAAGACUUGUUGACUGCCAGAGACGAAUGUAAAGGCAAAGUUCGGACUAUUUCAUCACAACUCGGCCAUAUUGAAGGUUUGUUCGUAACCGCUAGUCAGCAGAAAGUUUGGGACCAUUUCAGCAAGGCGCAGAGAAAAAACCUGGACGACUGGAAAAAGGAAUUGAAGAAACACAAAAAAGCCGGUCCUCAUAACCAAACAGUUUUGAUUAAGGAAAAUGACGACAUGGACGUGUCUGAUGACGAUCAAGAACCGAUGGACAAAGAACACAAUACCAUGGUUGACUUAGCAAGAGAGAAUGUCAGAUUAAAGCAUCAGCUAGAUGCCGCUAAAAAAAGGAUAGAAGCAUACAAAAUGGAACAAAUAAAAGAGGAGAAAUUGAAAGAAGAGUUGAUAGAAAAAAUGGAAACGUCCAUGAAACUCUUCAAAGAGGAAUCUUUAAAAGAUGAAGCCAAAAUCAAAGAACUGAAAAUUGCGUUGCAAGCUGCGAAAAAGGCUACAGAGGAGUUCAGCAAGAAGGAGAAUAUAAAAAUUUCCAAGUUGGAAAAAGAAAACAACGAGCAAAAACAGCAACUUGCUUUGGAACGAGAAAAAUUCAAUAACAUCAAUAAAGAGUUGAGCGAUGUCAAAAUGCAAUCAGCCAAAGAAAAAGAGACCAUACUUCAAGACAAUAAAAAACUUGUCGCUGAAUUAGAGAAUCAGGUUAGCGUAUACAAGAAAAUGGGAAAUGACUUGUUGAUCAAAAAGAAAGCCAUGAGAUUCCAGCAGAUUAAAACCAUUGAAGAAAUGUUCUGCACCCGAGAAUCCAAAUUGAUUGGAAUAAUCUCUGCAUACUUGGUAGUUCACCCUGUUGGUGUAAGCUUCACUGAUAUUGUACAGUACGUUCAAACGCUGGAUGCCAAUGUUUCGGAAACAGAACUCCAGUCUCUAUUGAAGAAGUCCCACUUUAUCUUCAGAUUAGAAUCUGGUAUAGGAUGGACUCUAAAUACACUCUGUACAGAUCCCACUUUUAGGUCAGCUGGAUAUCAAAUGCCACCAAACGCACAACAACCUGUUGCCCCAGAAACAAUUGAUAUGGAAGUUCCAGAGGCCAAUGAGACAAUUGAAGAGAUAGGGCAACCCACAACGGCCGAAAUCGAGAUGGCCGACAAACUCGCUAGGAUACAAGAGGAAGAAGCCAAGCGCUUGAAAUUCAUCUAUUUCCGGUUCAGAGACAAACCUUGGUCGCCGGCAUUCGAGAGGCGCAUCCAGGAAUUUCGCGGUGCCACUGAACCCUUAACUAAAAGUGUUCGAAGACGAAUCAAAAUCAAUUCGCCGAAGGGUAAUUGGAGGUUUAUAAUUCCUUCCACAACCCCAGAACGGAUGGCGUGGUUGAGAGAAAAUGUCCCCAUUCCCGAGAAGUACGAAGAGGAAUUAAUUUUAGAAAGACAAGGAUCGUUACCCAAUUUUUCUGAUGAAAAAGCUGAAUCUUCAAAUGUUGAUGCCCCUAAAGAUCUUGAACCAGCUGAUCAACAAACACCAAAAGAUAAACAAGAGUCUUCAGCACCAGUGACGUUAGAGUACAAACCACCGAAUUGCUCGAAAGAAGAAGAAGAACGCCUUUUCCGUAUACUAUCCAUGUUCAGAUCGCCUGGUUUGUGGUCAUUGGAACUUAAAAAAAUAUUGUGGGCAAUUCGACCGGUUUCAUUACCUGCAGAUGCACCGUAUCGCCUUAAACUGACUUCAGGGGAUGGUUCCACCUUGAAUAUCGACAUUCCACAGGUAUCUGCCGAUGUUAUCAAGCUCCUCGAUACUAUCGAGGUACCCGAAAUACUCCCCGAAGAAAAAUUCGGACCAACCAAAGAUGUUGUGACUUUCACUGGUCGAUUUCCAUUGAAAGACCAGAAACGAGUUGUAUAUAUCAGCAGAUACUUCAGCCUCGUGUCAACGUGGUCCCAGGAAUUCCAGAGAUGGGUACAAGAUUUUCGUAGCCCCAACAUGCGUCUACAUAUCACAACUCGUCUACGAUUCCAUAUAUUCGGCAAAAACUACUGGUUGAUUAUUCCCAGGAUUACGCCGGAAGAGUUGGAAUGGUUGAGAGAAAAUGUCUCAGUUCCCGAAAAGUUUCCCGAAGAAGAGAUUUUGCAGCAAUUCGGCCUCCUGCCAGACUACGAUGACCUGAACAGCGAUUUAUGGAAGUUCGAGGAGUUUAUUAGACCGAUCGUAGAUUCUUCAGGCAAAGAGAAAUUUGAGGUUAUACACCGUUCGAGGUCAGCGUAUCUAGACGCGUUCGCAUCUAAAACAGAAAUGAAACGCCUGUACCACAUCUACAAACAUUUCAGAGACCCCACUGUUUGGUCUCCGGAAUUUAUGAAACGAAUGCAAGAAUUACGUGACCCUAAUGUCCCUCUCGAUAAAUCUCAUCGCAAAUGCCUCACCAUCGAUAAGGAACCUUGUUGGAUAGAAAUUCCCAAAACGGAUACAAAGAAGUUGGAUUGGUUGAGAAACAGCAUCUCUAUUCCUUCUAUUCCUUGCAAAUACCCCGAGGAAUUAAUUCUUGAGAAGCAGGGACUUUUGCUUGAUUUCGACAGGACAAAUCUAGAACUAGCUGAUAAACAAGACGCUGCAGAGAAAUCUUCUCAAGAUGAGCAAUCUUCAGCAAAGACAACUGAGGAUGAAUCUCCCUUUAGCUCGAGAGAGGAAGAAGAACGCUUCUUCCAUGUACUAUCCGAGUUUAAAACACCGCAUUCGUGGUCGUUGGAACUUAAGAAGAGAUUGUUUGAAAUCCGCCCAGUUUCAUUACCUGCAGAUGCACCGCAUCGUCUUAAACUGAGGUCACCGGAUGGCACCAUCUUGAAUAUCGACAUUCCACCAGUCCCUGCCUCUUUAAUCAAGUUUCUCAAUACCAUUAACGUGACCGAAAAACUACCUGAAGAACAUAAGAUGAAACAACGCGAGGAAUGCAUCAAACCAAGCGGAAUUUCCACGAAUCGAAUUUUCAAAUUAAAAGACAAGAAACGGGUGAUAUAUAUCACCAAAUAUUUUCCCGAAAGCUCAUUGUGGUCUCAGGAGCUGGCGAGAUGGGUGCAAGACUUUCGUAAUUCUACCCAAUCUCUAGAUCUCCAAGUCCGCCGUAGAUUGCGUAUAGCAGGCAAAUAUUUCUGGAUAACGAUUCCAAAAAUAACACCGGAGAAGCUAAAGUGGUUAACCGAAAGCAUUCCUAUUCCUAAUAAGUUUGCCGAGGAAUUCACCUUGGAAAAACUAGGAAUUCUUCCAGAUUUCUCUGAUGACCACGACAAUUUAGACAGCGAUAUGUGGAAGUUUACUAAGCGUGUUAGAGCGACUAUAGAUCCUUCAUGUAACAAGAAAGUUGAGGUUAUCGAUAAUCCAGAAACGGAUCUAUCCGGAUUUGCAACUAGAACAGAAAUGAAACGCCUGCACCACAUUUACAAUAAUUUCAGAGAUCCAACCGUUUGGUCUCCGCAGUUCACUAGGCGAUUGCAUGAACUGCGUGAUCCUAAGGUGACUCUCAAUAAACCAAAUCUCAAAUGCUUCGAAAUCGGUGACGAAUUGUGUUGGAUAGAAAUUCCCAACAUAGAUCAAGACAGGUUGCACUGGUUGAAAAAGAACGUCAAGAUUCCUCAAAAGUACCCCGAAGAAUUCAUUCUGGAAAAGCGAGGACUGUUGCUAAAAUGCCCCGAUGAUGAAGAAGACACCAUCAUAGACUUUUCAGAUGUUGAGGAUUUCGGAGGCAGUGCAGAUUUCAAAGUGGAAUAUAAUAUACCGUUAAAGAACAGAAAACGACUUGCUUAUAUCUGCAAAUACUUCAGAGACGUUAACUUUUGGUCACCGGAAUUUGAAAAGUGGAUGCAACAGCAGUCCCGUUGGCCCCACAAUCUCACAGGUCCUAAACAUCACAGAAGAUUAAGUUUUUGUGACAAAAAAAUUUUCAUCAACAUACCCGAAUUGACUUCAGAAAGAUUGGAGUGGUUGAGAAAGAAUGUCUCUAUUCCCGAUAAGUUUCCCGAAGAAAAUAUUCUGGAACAAUUCGGAUUGCUUCCAGAUUUCUCGGACGAUUACGAUGACCUAACAAGCAGCCUAUGGAAUUUCACGAAAUCUAUCAAUAUAACCAUAGAUGCUUCGGGUAAUAGGGCAUGUGAGGUUGUGGGUGGAUCAGAGCUAUCCAUAGUAGCUUCGAAAAAGGAAUUGAAGCGCCUCAGUCACAUCCACAAGAAUUUCAGUGACCCAGCUGCCUGGUCUCCAGAAUAUAUGAGGCGGUUACAAGAGCUACGUACUCAUACUGUGCCCCUUCAUAAAGUAGAUAGCAAAUGCUACAACAUCAACAACGAAUAUUGGGUAGUGAAAAUUCCCCCGAUAGCUCCACAAAGAUUGGACUGGUUGAGAAAGACCAUCCCCAUUCCUGACAAAUACCCCGAAGAAAUCAUCCUUGAGAAGAAAGGCUUGCUUCCGAAUUUCCCUGACGAUGAAGAUAACCGAGUAAACUCUGAUUCACAAACAGAAAAUUCAUUGAGACCGUUUGUAUCGAUGAAGGAAAUGCAGCGUCUGAGGUACAUCCACAUGAAUUUCAUGAAUCCCGCACUUUGGUCCAGGGAAUUCAUGAGACGAGUCCAGGAUUUGCGUGGUACGAAUUUUAAGUCUCUUAAUGCUCCUUGUAACAAACGAGUCGUGAUCGCUGACGGAGAAUAUUGGUUUAUCGAAGUUCCAGUUAUCACCCAAGAACAAUUGGACUGGCUAAGAGAAAAUGUCCCUAUUCCUGAUAAAUACCCUGAAGAAUUCAUUCUGGAAGAAGAAGGCAGACUCGUUGAGUUCUCAGAUGAUGAGGAUAACACUGGAUCAAAACCAGCUUCGGUCAAAACUGCUCCUAAGACAGUACCAUUUAUCUCCAUGAAAGAAAAGCUGCGUAUGAGACACGUCCAUAUGCAAAACAAAAAUUCAUCGAAUUGGUCUCAUGAAUUUCAGAGACGAAUCCAAGAUCUGCGUGGUCCAAAUGUAUCUCCACUUAUUCAGCUACGCAAAAGAGUGAAACUUUCUGGUGGGGAAUCGUGGUGGAUUACGAUUCCAAGCAUAACUCCAGAACGGUUGGAAUGGCUUAAAGAAAAUGUCCCUGUCCCUGAUAUAUUCCCAGAAGAAUUAAUCUUGAAGGAUAAAGGAUUGCUUCCAGAGUUUCCGGAUGAUGAAGAGGAUGACGUCAUUCCUAUGGAAAUUAACGAAGAUGAUCCAAUUAUUCCAGACAGUACUACCGGGAAAUGGUUGAACACACCUGAAGGGUUGAUGCGUUUAUCGAAUAUACUCGCCAUAUUUAAUACUCCCAAACGAUGGUCUCCGGAAUUGAGAACAGUUUUGGAGACACUAAGACCUGCAAAUUGUUUUGGAACUUUCACGUCUAAAUUAAGUAUGCCUGGUGGAAAACAUAAAAAGAUUAGUCUACCUUCCGUUACCCCUGAGGCCUUGGAGAAGAUUAAAAAAGUUGUUGUCCCAGAAAAACUACCAGAAGAGUUUAUUAUAGAAGAAUUGAGUGGAUUUCGGCACUCUGUGAGUAAAGAAGUAGAAGCUUCUGAGAAAGACAAAAAAGUCUCAAAUAAUAAAAGUUCUGUGUCUGAGAGGAAAAGAAAAGCGACUAAGGAUGAAGAUGAAAGUAGAAAAACUGCCAAGAGGAAGUCAGACCAUCAUGCUACAAAAUCUGAAGUUGAAGAAGUCGCAAAUAAAGAAAAAAUCAGUUCUUCAACCAUUUGUAAGAAAGACUUGCCAUCAAACCUGAACAAAACAAUUGUGCAAGCGAGCGAAGUUGAAGAAAAAUCAACAGAAACCGCUGCUAUCCUAGUUCCCAUAAAAACUGAGCCCAAAGACAAUCAAGUGAUAGUAAUCGAUGAUGAUAGUGAUCCACAAGAUGAAAAUAUAACAUUAAGUAAUGUGAUUUCAAAGCAGAUAAAAAUCGAACCUGAUGAUAAGGUGGAUACAAAAAUUGAAAAAGAUAGUUUAGUGCAUAUUAAAGAAGAGCCCAUUGAAAAUGAAGAUCAGAAUAAAAAACGAAAAACUAGUGUUACGGAUUUGAAGAUGGAUCCUAAGAAUACAGAAAAUAACAAUGUUGGGAAUAGUUUAGUGCAGAUUAAAGAUGAACCAGUUGACGAUCAGGAUGAUCAUAAUAAAAAAGAAAAAAACAGUUACAAUGAAGGUCAUAGUGAAAAACGAAGAACCAGUGCUACAGAUUCGAAAAAUGAUCCUCAGUUUACAAAAAAUGGAAACGUUGACAAUUGCUCAGUGCAAAUUAAAGAUGAACCAGUUGACAAUGGAGAUGAUAAUGACACAGAGCAAAAAAUCAGUGAUCCAGAUAUAAAGAAGGAAUCUUCCAAAAGGUCGAGCAUACAGCUGAAGAAAGAUGAAGUUGCAGAUACAAAAAUCACUAUUGAUAGUGCUAAGACUUCGACUUCAAAGUCAAAUUCCAAACCAAAUAACGAGACUGACGGAAAAAAGAGAAAAAUUAAUGACAGACAUUCUGAAGGCACCAAAAAGGGUUCUAGGGAGCGAAUGGACAGUGAAGGGAGAAGUAAAAAAGUUUGUAAGGAAAAGGUCAAACCCAAGGACAAGCCAGAUGAAUCUUUUACCAAGGUGAAGAAUACUGAUGGAGGACAGUCUAGAGCAAAAGAACAUUCAACAGAUUCAAAGAAAUUCAUUGAAUUAUCUGAAAAUUCUUCAGUUAUUAGGAAUGAACUAGAUGAUCUUUUGGAUGAUUCUUCUCAAAAUGACAGGGAAGAUUUAGUUGAUACUUAUUGGUCAUCUAAAGACCUACAACGACUUUCUGAAGGUUGAGAUGAUAGAUAGUCUAUAAUAUUUUAAUAUUAUGAACAGCUUUAGUAUGUUUAGUUCUUAUUAUUUUGUAUAAUAUCUUGAAUA